UGUGUAUAUGUAUGUACAGGGAUACAUAGACAUUAAAAACGUGAAGGCCAGGAUGGGAAAAUAUGGAAAAAUAAAUAAUAAUCAAGGUUUUGGUUUCUUCGACUGCCAUAACAAUCCAAACCUUCAUCUCUCUGCCUUCUUUCACCGGAGAGUGGCUUUACCGAUCGGACAUACCCAACGGUGAAUUUCCGGUGAAGGUACUAAGAUUCCUUCCGAAAAGAUAUGGAAGAGGGACUGAGAUCCGAUCGUCCUUCAGGGCUUGUGGUGAAGAAUAGGAGCUCAUCAGGUUGUUUAAUUGUUAGAAAGAAGAGUGUUGAUGGAGUGGGUGAGGUUGGUCCUGCUGGUUCUCGAAAGGUUUUCGAGUCGAAGAAGCAGAAGAAGAGGUUGAGUUUGGUUUUGAGCGAUUCGGGCUCGAGCGAUGAGCUUUUUCCAGUCCCUCGAAGAAGGGUUGGCCCUGAAACUAUAAGGGUCUGUAGCGGAUUAUCUGCUUUUGAAAAGGAUAUUGUAGAUGAGAGUGAAAUUGGUAGAAAGAGGGAUAGGUGGGACCAUAUAAGACAUUAUGAAGAGGGUAUGACUGGUAGGAAUGGUUUUGAUGAGAGCAAAAGUGAGAGAGGUAACUUGGACAUAUUUGAGUUUGAUGAGUAUGAUGGAUUUGGUGGAGAAAGAAUGCGGAGGAAGCGUUUCAAUGACAGUGGAAUCAAAGUUGGGGGAAGAAGGUUUUUGGCGUCAAUGGACAUGGCCCGGAGUGGAAUUGAUAGGGAAUAUGAAACUGGGUUGAGUACAGAUGGUGUUUACAAGAGAAAGAAUUUAUAUUGUGACCCGGCAAGUGGCUUGGAUUUAGGAGAUAGUGUUGAUAAUACUAGGGUUAAGAUGAAUAGGGAUGGAACUCAGCUACACCUCUCGCUUUUAAGAGAAAAAUUAGUGGGCCAUUCAGAUAAACCCAUUAGAGUUCAGGGCAAAAAUGGCGUUUUGAAGGUGAUGGUAAACAAGAAGAAGAGGUUUGGUGGGCCAUUGGAAGAUCUUGAUCACCACAUUGCUGAGGAAAGUAGAAAGGCUUCAAGGAUUGAAGAGAUUGCUAAGAGGAAUGCAGUGAUUCAUUCAUCAUCAUACACAGAGAAAAAACUUGAGAAACCAGGUUUAGUUUUCCGUCCAGAUAAAAGUCAAAUGGCUUUGCAGAAAUCGUUAUCAAGUAAGAAUAGUAAGGAUGGCGAAUGGGAUUCAGAGAACAGUGAUGCAUCAUUGAAGCUAAGAUUGAAAAAUGUGGAAGCUAAUAGUUCUAAAACAAGGAUAAUAAGUGAAGAAGAAAAGAUUUCUCCAUCAUUGAAGCUAAGAUCGAAGAAUGUGGAAGCUAAUAGUUCUAGAAAGAGGAUAAGAUGUGAAGAGGAAAAGACUCCUCCAUGUGAGAACCUCCCACAGGCUAUAAUCAAAGAAGGAAAAGCUAGGCGUGGUAGUGGCACAGAGAAGCAAAAGCUGCGUGAACGGAUUAGAGAGAUGCUUCUGAGUGCUGGCUGGACAAUAGAUUACAGGCCUAGGAGGAACAGAGACUAUCUAGAUGCUGUGUACAUUAACCCCUCGGGAACAGCAUACUGGUCAAUCAUCAAGGCCUAUGAUGCAUAUCAAAAGCAAUUGAAAGAUGUGGAUGGUGAGGCUAAACCCAGCGAGGACUGUUCUUCAUUUUCUCCCAUAUCAGAUGAGAUACUUAGCCAAUUAACUAGGAAAACUCGAAAGAAAAUUGAGAAAGAAAUGAAAAAGAAGCAGAGAGAUUGCAGUGACAGUGACAAUGCAACAGAAGCUGCUGAGAAAAGAUUUGCAAGUACCAAGCGUGAUGUGGAGAGCAUGGACAGUAUUAGUCAUGAAGAGAAACUAAGCUCCUUCAUAAAGCAGGGUGGUAAAUCAUUGAAGAAUAGAAUGACUGAAAAUGGUUCUGCCAGUGUCAACUCAAAAUCAAAAGGUCAGAAUGCUAAAUAUAUGCGUGAUGGCAUUGAAAAACCAUCCUCUGGAUCCAACCCUCGUAUGCCACAUGCAAGAAAAAGUAGAAAACUUGGCAGAUGUACCUUGUUGGUUCGUAGUUCUAACAAGGCGCAAAGCUCAGAAGCUGAUGGUUUUGUUCCAUAUAAUGGAAAACGGACACUGCUUUCGUGGCUGAUUGACUCUGGAACUGUGGGAUUAAGCCAAAAGGUGCAGUAUAUGAACCGCCGGCGGACUCGAGUAAUGUUGGAGGGUUGGAUUACACGAGAUGGCAUUCACUGUGGUUGCUGUAGUAAAAUCCUCACAGUUUCAAAGUUUGAGAUUCAUGCAGGGAGCAAAUUGCGCCAGCCAUUUCAACACAUAUAUCUGGACUCUGGGGUUUCUCUUUUGCAGUGCCAGAUAGAUGCAUGGAAUAGACAAGAAGAUUCUGAACACAUUGAUUUUCACUCUAUAGACACAGAUGGAGAUGAUCCAAACGAUGACACUUGUGGCAUCUGUGGAGAUGGUGGGGAUUUGAUCUGUUGUGAUGGGUGUCCAUCAACAUUUCAUCUGAGUUGCUUGGAUAUACGGAUGCUUCCACCUGGCGAUUGGCACUGUCCAAAUUGCACAUGCAAAUUUUGUGGGGUUGUUAGUGGGAGUGGUGCUCAAGGAGAUGCCUGCACUCUCCUCAAAUGCAGUGUGUGUGAGAAAAAAUAUCAUAAAUCAUGCAUGCUGGAGAUGGAUGCUAUUCAUGUUGAUUCUGCUAGUUUAGCCUCUUCUUUUUGUGAGCAAAAAUGUAAAGAGCUCUUUGAGCAUUUGCAGAAGUAUCGUGGUGUCAGACAUGAGAUGGAAGGAGGCUUUUCAUGGUCUCUUAUUCAUAGAACGGACAAAGACUCAGAUACAUCUCUUCGAGGGCUUCCUCAACGGGUGGAAUGCAAUUCUAAGCUGGCUGUUGCACAAACUGUUAUGGAUGAAUGCUUCUUGCCAAUUGUGGACAGGAGGAGUGGGAUUAAUUUAAUGCAUAAUGUUCUUUAUAACAGUGGAUCAAACUUCAAUCGGCUAAACUAUAGUGGCUUCUACACUGCUAUUUUGGAGAGGGGUGAUGAAAUAAUUUCUGCAGCAUCUAUCAGGUUCCAUGGGACCAAGUUAGCAGAGAUGCCCUUUAUUGGAACUCGGCAUGUAUAUAGGCGUCAAGGGAUGUGCCGUCGGCUUUUUGCUGCUAUUGAAUCAGCUCUCUGCUCUCUCAAGGUUGAGAAACUUAUUAUUCCUGCUAUUGCUGAACUCAUGCAUACAUGGACUGUGGUUUUUGGUUUCACUCCUCUCGAGGAAUCACUCAAGCAAGAAAUGAUAUCGAUGAAUAUGUUGGUCUUCCCGGGUACAGAUAUGUUACAGAAGCUGCUACUGGAGCAAGAGAUCAUUGAAGGGAAUGUGGCCUGCAAAACAAGUGCAAAGCAAAAGUUGUGCAAAAACGAGCUUUCUACAAAGUCUGAGGUGGAAAGUAAAUCUGAUAUGGAUUCUCCAGUGGGGCAUGAUUCUCGUGGGUGUAACAGUGCUGGGCAUGAUCCUCAUGGGUGUGACGAAGCUGGUUUGUGCUGUGCUAAUGAGAUAACUGAGGAAGGUGCAGUUACAGAUAAUAAAUCCGAUUUGCAUGCUGAUCCUCAUAGGUUUGACGGUGCUAGUCAUUGUUCUAAUGAAUUAACUGAUGAAGUUACAGCCCCUGACAAUAAAUCUGGUAUGGAUUUCACUGCUGCGCAUGAUCCACAUGGGUGUGAUGAUACUGGUUUGCCAUGUACCAAUGAGGUUAAUGAUGAUUUUGGAGCUGCAGAUUCUAGUUCUUUAGAUGCUUCAUAUGAAGUUAAUAUUCCUGUUUCAGUUCAGCUGACUACAUGUUUCAAUUCUUAUUUGGAGGACAAGCUAGCUCAAUCUGCAUCUGGCAAGAAGUUUAUGUACCGCUCCGAUAUGAUUCAUGAUGCACUUGAGCAGGGAAAUAAACUGGCAAUGGGUUGUCCUGUCGUAGAUGAUGGCCAAUCUUGGAAAGAGAAUGAUAUGGAUAAAGCCCGUGAAGUAAACAUUAACAUUGACUGUCUUGACCCUGUUCCAUCUUUAGCGGAAAUUUCUGCAGAGAACACCACCAAGGAGAUCAAUGAAAAUCUAGAUGUCUCUGAUUCUAGUCAAACCGAUCCUGCUGAGAGUUCCUUGCAAGUUAAAUCUGACUAAACUAUUUUAGUUGCAGGACUCCGAAAAAGCUGAUUGCAUGCAUCUGAUGACAAUUGUUUUACUGACGCACUCAAUGGGAAGACUUGUUAACGAGUGUCAUCUAUAAGGUUCCAGACUAACUUCUGUGCAUCUCAAGAUUAAGUUCUCUCAGAAAGUUUGGGCGUUGCCUUUUGAUGCAAGCGAUUUGAUUUUGUGCUCACAAAGUCGAUGGUGGUGUUGCCAGUUCAAGGAGGAUCCUUGGAGGUUUGAGGUGGCGUUUUGAAAUGCUCUGAGCACAUCAUCGAAAAGUACUCAUACUGCUUCACGGUGUAUAUACCUGACUCUGCUGCCAUAGAAGUGUGGAGUUUCUCACUCCAAAUAUACAGCAGAGUUUUGCUACUUAUCGUCACAUGACAUGGUUGUUAUGGAUGAUGUUCAAGUAGUUCUUCGUGGUUAUUGGCACCUUUGUUUCUAGUGCUGGCACCAUGUUCCUAAUAUAGGUCAGCCACAAUUAUCUUGCCCGGAUAAAUUUUGAUCUGCUACCUUGUGAGCAACAAGACAUGAUGCUCUUGAUGGUGCUUCGAAAGACUGAGUUCCCAAGAUGAAAGCCUCGAGUUCCCAAGUUGCAAGCCAACAUGUUGUAUAUGUUCAAGUUGGGGCUAGGAUCGUGAUCUGAAAUGAAGACGGGCUCUGCUAAUAUGAAUUUUUUUUUCCAGGCACUUAAAUGAGAAUGAGGAUAUCCUGCACAGCGUUUAACAUUCUUGAGAUCUUUAGAUUCAUUGGACGUUAAUGGUAUCUCUUUUGUAUGAUUGCCUUUUCCUCUGAGCUCUUCGAGUUGGAUCUAUCUGCUCUUGAUACACUGAUGAAUGGCCUAAUUAUCUCAAACUUAUAUACGAGACUUUAAGUAAAUAGAAACUUCACAUUCAUUUUCCGAA